AUACCAUAGCAACAACACAGACCAUUGUGACCCAGCAGGUGAAUUCAACUGGGAACAUUUAUAAAGACUUCCCAUCAGGCAGAUAUGGUAUCUGGAAAAAAAGGACUUGAAUCCAGAUCAUGUCCAUCAAACAGGAUUCUGGAACUUGCACAACACAAAGAAAACAAAACAGUGUGGGCCACAACACCUUGUCCAAAGCUUACCUGGGGCAAUCAGGAGUCAAUAUGGCCUCUGUCUUACUCAGCGCUGGGUGCAGUUCCAACAGAGAGAAUCCAAUACCUAGCUGAGCACAAAAGAGACUUCUCAGCAUGGGAGGACCACCUGAGGAAAGACGAGGAGGUGAUCUCCUCCAGGAAGACAUUACGUUCUUCCUCCAAGACAGCCCAGUACGAGCUUGUUGUCCGCCUGUCAACACCCAAGACCAGGUCCCGAAGCUCCCAAGAAAUGGGUCCUCCUCACACGUCGUGUUGUGAGUACAGCUGCCCUAUCUGGCACAUAGACCCCAGAGUGAGAACUGCUGAGACCACUCCACGGCUACGACAGCUAGCCAAUCCCAAAGCGAACCACCUCAACUUCAAAAGCAACAGGGAGAAAGUGGAGACAUACAUUUCCUAUGCUGCCAAAACAGCCCAGACCACUCCCAGGCUGGACCAGCUCUCGCUGCCCAAAUUGAGGGAUUGUAAAAUGUUCUUUGAGCGAGGACAUCCAGAGGACUCCAUUUGGCCAGUGUCAAGGAGAGCCCGUCAGGCCACAGCAACUUCACAACUUCAAACUCUAUCAGCUCCUAAGGGACUUAAUAAGGACUACAUCCCUCUGAGAGACCUGCCACCUUUAUGAGCUUGCUUCUCCGUCAAGGUCCAUGGUGGUGCACAAUGUACUAGGAAAAUGGCCACUGAGAAAAGCAAAAUAAAUGGGUACGGAGUACUCAAGGGGUCUCUAAUAAAACAACGUCUUGUGCUUUAAAAAAAAUCUGUUUGGCGCCAGAGCCGAGAUGGGAAAACCGGGCGCUUUUGUCCCCCACUGGUUUUGCAAUCAUGCGCAUUGAGAUGUGUUGCUUGGAGCUCUUUUUGACGACAUCGAAGCAAUACAUUACAUUUGUCUUUAGCAAACAGCCAAACCAAACGGUUGCUUUGCUCCAGUAGGCUCUCUUUCCAGAAGAAUGUGUUUUCAUCUUUUGAAAUGAGAGCAACGGUAUGAUAAAAGGAUCCACAUGUGUUUCGACAUUUCAAUCAUUCUGGGUUCUCUGUUUAUAUCAAAACCACCUGUUGUAAAGAUUCCUCGCGUGUUUUCCUUGAGAUAGUGAAACCUCAUAGAUUGAUUCAAAAACCAUAUUCUCGCCCCAUGAGCUUUAAAUGUCAGCCUCCCAGUCUAUAUGACCACUGUUUAAUUUACAAAAGGCACCGUGACCUCUGUUUGAAAUACACCGUAAUCCCGGUUACACUACAGGCACAUGUGAGCAUUACCUAAAAGUGGACACAAUAGCUUUCAAUGGGGCUAUGUGGAUUUAGAGCUGUGCAGGAGGUAUGGUGGAGCCGCCAUGAGUGUAGGGCCCGAGCGGAGAGGUGAACAGACCUCGGAGGCUGGACUUCAAAUCAGAUCCAAGCGUCCAACUGGGACCUAAUCUUGGAUAAGCCAGCAAUGAUCGCGACCUUGGACUGCAGGAUAAAGAGGGAUAGAGUGGAAGGUGGAGGAGGGCGAGGAGGAAGGAGGAGUGUCAUGGCCGUUGGUGCCUCCCACUGGUUGACUCACUUCCCAUGGGGCACCUGUUCCUACAGAGGAGCUCUGAUCUAUGCUGCUGGUUUUCUGUCUGUGUGUGGCAACCAGCUCUGACACGUUCAUCAAGCUCCAGCUGACACUGAUAGGCUCUGAGUGGGGUGGCUGUCUCACUGUCUGGAUCCCGCCAGUUACAUGAGAUGUUGACGCUUGCAGAGUAUUAGUGAGACUGAUCUGGAUUUGGCAGAGAACUGCAACGCUAUAUUAAACUACACUUUUUAUAAAGGGCUUCUAAACGGUCCGUAAUUAGUUUAUAGACAGUUCAUUAUGGAUGUAGUAAUUGGUAAUAAACUGUGUGUGUAAAUAUAUCCCCUCUUUAAACACCUGAAUGAAGAUCACAUGUUUAACUACUGGGUGAAACUAGCUACUUUCACAUUUAGCCACUUAAACCUUAUGAAGAGCUGUCUGCACACAUAUAUUUCCUAUCAACUCUUCACUGCCUCAAUAGUUAAGUAUGCAAACAAAUGUCAUGGUUCAUUUUGUGUCUUAUCGGCCUUGAUUGAUCUUCUCAUAUUAUCCUUGCCUAUUCAAGGCUGCACUCAAAUACCCUUUGAUCAAAUAAAAUCUAAAAUAUG